AUGCUGGUCAUUACUUUCUUCUUUUUCCUCCCUUUAAGUCUAUCUCUUCAUAUCCCUGUGAAUCACCGACCACCCGAUCCCGUCACCUUGUCCACCCAUAAAAUCUCCAGCCCUUCGAAGACAUUACCCUCCCGACCUGUAGAAACGUUCGUACCUGUCCUACAACACGCACUAGCCGCGGAUGCCCACUUGAACACUGAUGGUGAAUCUUGGUUCGACGAAGACGAUUGGCUGGAAUACGAAUACGAUUUCAUUGAGAUUGACGAUGAUGAGGAUUAUUACUACGAUGAAGAGUACGAGAUUGAAGAGUACGAGGUUGAAGAAUAUGACCAAGAUGGGAGAAUGCAUAAACGACGAGUAACAGGAAUGUGGUUGACGACUGGAGAUUGUGAAGAAGAACCACCAGCAGAUAUAAUCUUGUUAGAGGAUUGUGAUGAAGAAGGCGACAAUUCGACCUCGACUUCUUCUUCCUUAAUGUUUUCUUCCUCUGCCCCAUCUUCAUCUUCGAUAUCGAGGACAAUCCCAAAACCCUCAGGAGUGGUCCAAGUCAUCGUUGUCACUUCUACCAUUGUCGUCGCUCCUCCCGAAACUGCUACCGAUUCCGCCGGCGCAAACCCUUCCGCUUCCAGCCCCGGCGGCGGCGGGGGACAAACUCAGGGGUUAGAUCAACAAGCACAAGCAUUCUUGGAUGGACAUAAUAUCGCAAGAACGAAAUAUGGAGCGGGUAAUGUGACAUGGAGUGAUUCGUUGGUCCAACGAGCGAAAGCUAACGCGGAAAAUUGCAAUGCUGGGUUACAUACGAAUUCAGGAGAGAACAUGGCGAGUCAAUCCGGUGGGAUCACACCGCAACAAGCGAUCGACAUGUGGGUUAAUGAAGUUUCUCAAUAUGACCAGUCUAACCCCGGUUUCACCGAAGCCACGGGUCAUUUCACCCAAGUUGUCUGGAAAGCUUCAACGACAAUUGGGUGUUAUAUCGCUACUUGUUCCCCUGGGGUGUUGUUCGAUGAGAAAUACGGGACGAGUUUCAAGGCGACAUGUGAAUAUGAUCCUGCGGGUAAUGUGGUUGGCGAUAACAACUUGUAUUUCCGUGAGAACGUAUCUUGGUGA